AUGAAUUUUUUUAUGGGUUACAAUACUCGUCCGGCGUGGAGAGACCAUUACUCUUCGGCACCUGAUCUCAACAAUGCACUUAUUUGCAAAACAAUGCCAAGAGACAGAUUUGCUAUCAUUUUAUCUCAUCUGCAUUGCAAUGAUAACUCACAAAUGCCUAAAGAUUGCAAAGAUAAGUUAUAUAAAAUUAGACCGAUGAUUGAUGCACUCAAUAAAAAAUUUCAAGAGGUUUAUCAUGGUACUCGCGAACUGAGUGUAGAUGAAUCUAUGAUCAAAUUUAAAGGAAAAGACGAAGAACUGAACUCAAAAUUUACCGGCUAUGGCUUGGGAGAGAAAGUUGUUUUGGAGUUGACGGAACAAGAUUGGGGUACAGAAAAGAUAGUUUAUUUUGAUAAUUUUUUCUCGUCUGUUGCUUUGCUUGAGAAACUGAAAACUGAAAACACCUACGCAUGUGGAACUAUCCGAAGUAAUAGAAAAGGACUGCCCGGAAAUAUGCUCGCUGAUUCUCAAAUGAAAAGGGGCGACAGUGAUCAUCGAUUUUCAAAUUUAGACAUUGGAUAUUGGAAAUGGAAGGAUAACAAAGUGGUUCAUUUAGUAUCUAAUUUUCAUGGAAAUGAAACGGCUGCUGUGUCACGUAAAGAAAAAAAUGGGUCCAAGUCUACCAUUACAUGCCCUGUAGCUGUCAAAGAUUACAAUAGCUAUAUGGACGGCUUAGAUACAGCUGAUCGUUUGAGAGCCCUUUACUGUAUAGAUCGCAAAUCUCCGAAAUGGUGGCACAGGUUGUUUUGGGGUCUUCUGGACAUCGCAUUUGUCAAUUCAUAUGUCAUUCAUGGACUUAUAAUGGAACAGACUACCGUAAAAGAUUUUCGACGCUCUGUUACUCAAGUCUUGAUGACAAUGAAAGAUGUUAGUCAGAAAAGAAAGACUUCUACAACUAAUACUUCGGAAGGUGGCCCUUCCAAAAGACGCAAAUCUGACUACUCCACUAUAAAAGACGUUCGCUUGGAUCAUUCUGAUAAUGAAGAAGCUAUCGAAGAUUUUUCGAUGUCUGCGUCAGAAUUAAUGCGUAACCACAAUAUUGACGAAAAUAAAGAUCAGAUACAGGGCCAAGGCAUGAGCCAGGACCAAGGAGUCGCCAAAGACGAACCUGACAGUGAUAGUUAA